GCAACUCACCCCACAAUCCCGGAUAUAAGUCCUGCCCCUUUAAGAGGAAAAAAAGCUUCCCCCGCCUGCCUCCUACCCCACCCAUCCACAAGGACCUUUGUCUCCCCACCCCCCUUGUCAUUCGGCCACUCCCUACUGCCACGCCCCUCUGGCGCGGAGGAACCAAUAGGUGAAGAGGAUAAGCCCCGGGUCUGACGUCAGCGCGGUCGGCCAAUCCCAUAGCGCGUUGGUGGGCGGUGUCGAGAAGGGCGCGCCCGGAGGAAGGAAGGAAGGGUGGGGAGAGGAAGCUGGAAUUCAAGAUGGAGGUCACGGACUGUUCUGCAGCUGUUGUGGGGACUAGGGACGUGGGGUCUGUGGGGUCCCAAAAAGACUUGAGCCUGGUGCCCGAGCGGCUUCAAAAACGAGAGCAAGAGCGGCAGCUGGAGGUGGAAAGACGGAAGCAGAAGCGGCAGGACCAGGUAGUGGAAGGGGAGCAGAGCGACUUCUUCGUCGCUGCCUUCUCCCGGGAGCGCGUGGCGGUGCAGGAGCUGCUGGAAGGCGAGUUGUCGGCGGAACGGCUGGAGGAGGCGGCGGCCCGGCUGCAGGGCCUGCAGAAGCUUCUGAACGACGCGGUGAGGUUCCUGGCCGCCUACGACCUGCGGCAGGGACAGGAGGCCCUAACGCAGCUGCAGGCGACCCUGGCCGGGCGGCGCCAAGAGCUGCAACCCAAGAAGCGCUUCGCGUUCAAGGCGCGGAGGAAAGACGGUGCCUCGGCCUCCCAGGGAGGCGCGGCUGCCGGAGCGCCGGCAGCUGAAGGCGCCGCCGCCCCUUCACUGCCCUCGAAGGAGGAGGAAGUCCUGGGGCUUAGCUGGGGCUGCGGUUUCUCCCAACGCGACUCCCAGGUCUUGGAGAAGAGAGCCGAUGAGCUGCGCCAACGCGACGUCCUCCUGAGCGAGCUGAGCGGCUGCACUGUCCGGCUGUACGGCAACCCCAACACCCUGCGGCUGGCCAAGGCCCGCGGCUGCAAAGUGCUCUGCGGCCCGGUGUCCACCUCCGUGUUCCUGGAGGACUGCAGUGACUGCGUGCUGGCCGUGGCCUGCCAGCAGCUCCGUGUGCACACCACCAGGGACACCCGCAUCUUCCUGCAGGUCACCAGCAGGGCCAUCGUAGAGGACUGCAGCGGAAUCCGCUUUGCCCCUUAUACAUGGAGCUACGAGGGCAUUGACCAGGACUUCGAGGGUUCUGGUUUAGACAGAAGCAAAAAUAACUGGAACGACGUUGACGAUUUCAACUGGCUGGCACGGAAUGUGGCCUCCCCAAACUGGAGUAUCCUACCUGAAGAGGAGCGAGAGAUGGAGUGGGACUGAACUGUUGUCACUCUGCUCUCCUGGAGAUGCUUUCCUUGUGGGAAGGGCGGCAGCCGGUGGAGCCGCAGAGUUGGAGGUUUUCAGCGGUUCAGGCUCGAGGUGCUGAUGAGCUCGUGCUUGCGAUGACCAUUAAAUUCGUGAUACCCAACAAGCCAUUUUGGGAAUAUC